GAGAGGCUGUCAGAAUGGCUUCAAACUUCAACGAUAUAGUCAAGCAGGGAUACGUGAGGAUUCGGAGCAAGAAACUGGGGAUCUUCAGAAGAUGCUGGCUGGUAUUCAAGAAAGCAUCCAGUAAAGGACCUCGACGACUAGAGAAAUAUCCAGAUGAAAAAGCUGCAUACUUCAGAAGCUUUCAUAAGAUAACUGAGCUCCACAACAUCAAGAACAUUACGCGAAUGCCCCGAGAGACUAAGAAGCACGCAGUGGCAAUUAUUUUCUGCGAUGAGACGUCAAAGACAUUUUCCUGUGAGUCAGAGCUGGAUGCUGAGGAGUGGUGGAAGUUAUUGUGUUUGGAGUGCCUGGGUAGCAGACUUAAUGACAUCAGCCUGGGAGAACCGGACUUGUUAGCAGCAGGCGUGCAGAGGGAACAGAACGAGAGAUUUAACGUUUACUUGAUGCCGACCCCAAACCUGGACAUCUACGGAGAGUGCACAAUGCAGAUCACCCAUGAGAACAUCUACCUAUGGGACAUCCACAAUGCCAGAGUCAAGCUGGUCAUGUGGCCGCUCAACUCCCUGAGGAGAUACGGCAGAGACUCAACAUGGUUCACGUUUGAGUCUGGGAGGAUGUGCGAUACAGGUGAGGGCUUGUUUACAUUCCAGACCAGAGAAGGGGAGAUGAUUUAUCAGAGAGUUCAUUCUGCUACACUGUCCAUUGCCGAGCAACAUGAACGCAUGAUGAUAGAAAUGGAGAAGAGCUCACAGACUCUUUCAAACGAGAGCACAUUAACAAAGUCGAUAUCUUUUCCGCGAAGCGCUUACUGGCAUCACAUCACGCGUCAGAACAGCGUGGGAGACAUCUGCAAUUACCAAGGCACGAGUUUUACUAUGACACUCAUUCCACGAGCACAGACGUUUCAAAACUUCCUCUCGGAGAAAACAGUUGAAGAACAGAACCAGGAGCAAGCGACACCGGCCUCUAGCGGCCAUGAUAGGAAUUGCAGUUCUUCAUCGCUCCGUUGACAUGCACUGUCAUGGCUUGUAAAGCCAAAACUCCUGGACAUUCCAAAGCUUUAGAAAGCUCAU